AUGGCUAGCCCGCCAGUUCUAGCUUUCGAUGCCGAGGGCCGUCCAGUGAAGUUCGAAACCUGGCUCGAUGACCUGCACCUGUUCCUACAGCUCACUGCCAAGGAAGAUAUCUCACUGUACGACCACGCCCUAGGCCAUGCCACUGCCCCUGACUCGUCUGCUGACAGCACUCUGCGUUCCCAGUGGCAGACCCGUGAUGCGCACGCUCGCUUUGCUAUUCGCAACUCCCUGCCGCUAGACGAGCGCGAGCACUUCGGCCAGUGCAAGACUGCUAAGGACCUCUACACCGCUGUAGUUGCCCGCUACUCCUCGCCAGCUUCUGCCACGCUAGGCCGCCUCACUCUCCCCUACCUGUUCCCCGACCUAGCCUCCUUUCACACUGUCGCAGACCUCAUCACCCACCUUAAGACUAGUGAGGCCCGCUUUCGCGCUGCUAUGCCUGCCGAGGACCACUUCCUCUCUCGCUCCCCCACUGAGCUCACUGUUGCCCUCCUCGAGAAGGAACUGCUUGCAGCUGAGGCGAGCAUCGUCGCUGUAGGCACCUCUCGUGGCGACCCCCGCACCCCGUUCUUUGAGGGGUGUUCCCCUUCCCCCCUCCUCCCCUCUGUCGCCUCUGCUGCUGCUGUCGACCUUCUUGGUGCUGAGAAGGUCGGGACCGCGUCUGCUUCGAGUGGGCGCCGCAGGAACAAGGGGGGCAGGGGUGGGGGUGGCGGCGGAGGAGGUGGGGGUGGAGGCGGUGGGAGUGGAGGCGCGGCUGGGGAGACUAGUGGCGGCAGUGGGGGAGGAGACAGCAGCGGUGGGAGUGGUGGUGGAGGCGGCAGCGGAGGCGGAGGUGGUCGUGGCGGCGGCAGGGGUGGAGGUGGCCGGGGCGGCGGCGGUGGGGGUGGUGGUCGUGGAGGCACUGGCGGAGGGCAGAGUCAGCAGCCCGCCCCGACACUUCAGGCCGCCCGUGAGUGGUAUGCGCAGCGUAGCGUUACCUGCACGUACGUCAUUCGCACAGACUUUGAUGCUAUUCUCACUGCCAUGUAUGCCAUGUCUAUUAGUGGAGAGGGUGCUCAGUACUUGCGUGUUCCGCCCGACCCGGGCAUUCAGGCCAGUCCGGCUGCCGCUCUAGGUGCUAGUGCGUCUGCUCCCACAGGUCCUGGUGAGGCCGCUGCCCUAGGUGCUCGUGCGUCCGUGCCCCCUGGUACUGAGUCGACUGCAGCACUGCACACCUUCACACUGGACUCAGGUGCUUCUCGCUCCUUCUUUCGUGACCGCACUGUCCUUGAGCCACUCGCUCGGCCAGUUGCUGUCUCCCUUGCUGACCCCUCUGGGGGUCCAGUCAUUGCGACCUCCUCCACUGUCCUUCCUUGUCCGGCGGUCCCGUCCGGCACGCUGUCAGGUCUCUACCUCCCCUCGUUCUCUACGAACUUGGUGGCAGGUAGUGCGCUCCAGGACGGAGGUGUUCACCAGUUCACCCCUGCCUACGAGCGCGUGACACACUGCACGUGUGCUCGGACGGGUCGCCACCUGGCUACCUUCACUCGGGAGCCGGGGUCGGACCUUUACACACUGACCACUGAGUCCCCUCAGGUAGCUGCGUCUGCGUCUGCGUCAGGUCAGCUCUCCGCCCCCUGCUCGUGUCGCUCUUUGGCGCAUGAGACUGUCCUUUGGCACCACCGCCUUGGUCACCCGUCUGUGCAGCACCUUCGGGCCAUGCACAAACGGGACCUUGUUGCUGGUCUUCCCAGGGUGCUCCCUCCCCUUCCCGACUCGCCUGCUCCUCCCUGUAUUCCCUGUGUCGAGGGACGGCAGCGCGCCGCUCCUCACUCCUCCUCCUUUCCCCCGACGACUGCUCCCUUGCAGACGCUCCACAUGGACGUGUGGGGCCCAGCCCGCGUCCGUGGUCAGGGUCAGGAGAGGUACUUCCUGAUUGUUGUUGACGACUUCUCGCGCUACACCACGGUCUUCCCCUUGCGCGCCAAGGGUGACGUCCCUGAUGUCUUGAUCCCUUGGAUCCGCAGAUCUCGUCUCCAGCUCCGUGAGCGUUUCCGCUCCGACUUCCCUGUCCUGCGUCUGCACUCUGACAGAGGUGGGGAGUUCUCCUCUGGCCUAUUGGAGGCCUUCUGUCAGCAGGAGGGCAUUGAGCAGUCGUACACGCUUCCGGCCUCUCCACAGCAGAAUGGGGUUGCUGAGCGCCGCAUUGGUCUGGUCAUGGAGGUCGCUCGUACCUCCUUGAGCCAUGCGGCUGCCCCCCAUUUUCUGUGGCCGUUUGCAGUCCGAUACGCUGCGCAUCAGCUCAACCUCUGGCCCCGUGUCUCCUUGCCCGAGACUUCUCCGACACUGCGUUGGACGGGAGAGGCUGGCGAUGCGUCGCGUUUUCGGGUCUGGGGAUCCCGAGCUUUUGUCCGCGACACGUCCGCGGACAAGCUCUCCCGUCGUGCUGUCCCCUGCGUCUUCCUUGGCUUUGUCCCGGACGCCCCUGGCUGGCAGUUCUACCACCCCACCUCGCGUCGUGUCCUGGCCUCUCAGGACGUCACUUUUGACGAGUCCGUCCCCUACUACCGCCUCUUCCCCUACCGCACUGCCCCGCUCCCCCCCCCGCCUCUCUUCCUCGCUCCAGGUGCUGAGGUACCAGACCCCCUCCCCCCUCAGGGUGCCGCUCCCUCAGGUGUGUCCCAGGUAGACCCGGGUGAGCCUGUCGAGGUAGCUGUUGACUCUCGUCCUGCUAGGGGUGCUGAGCCUGGGGGUGCUGCGUCUGGGGGUGCUGAGCCUGGGGGUGCUGCGUCUGGGGGUGCUGAGCCUGGGAGUGCUGAGUCUGGGGGUGCGGAGCCUGGGGGUGCUGAGCCAGGAGGUGCGGAGCCUGGAGGUGCUGAGCCUGGGGGUGCUGCGUCUGGGGGUGCUGAGCCUGUGCGUGCUACACCUGGAGGAGCCCUCUCCUCCCAGCAGCUGCAGGAGAGGUACCUCGAGUACUGCCGCCUCCGGAGAGGUGCUGCUGGAGCUCGUUCCGGUACUUCCCCUCCUACCCAGGAGCUCCCCCCCAUUCAGCAGAUCUGCGAGUGGUACACACGGCGCUGCAGUCUUCGGAGUGGUGCUCCUGGUGCUGCGGACCCUGGGGGUGGCGCUGCUGCUGGUGCUGAGGACCCGGACGUGGGAGCUGCUACUGGUGCUGCGGACCCGCCUGGUGGAGCUACUGCUGGUGCUGAGGACUCGGACGUUGGAGCUGCUGCUGGAGCUGAGGACCUGGGCGGUGGCGCUGCUGCUGGUGCUGAGGACCCGGACGGUGGAGCUGCUGCUGGUGCUGAGGACUCGGACGGUGGAGCUACUGCUGGAGCAAAGGACCCGAGCGGUGGCACUGCUACUGCUGCUGAGGACCCGGGCGUUGGAGCUACUACUGGUGCUGAGGACCCGGCCGGUGGGGCUGCUGCUGGUGCUGUGGACCCGGACGCUGGAGCUCCUGCUGGUACUGAGGACCCGGCCGCUGGAGUCUCCUCUGCUUCCGGAGACGCUGUGCGACCGCGACCGUACUUCGUACCGCUCCUUCAGCAGGUUCUUGGGCAGGCUCCUCCUCCUUGUCCUCCUCCCUCCGUAGACUGUCCUCCGCCUGUCCAGCCGCAGUCACAGUUACCACCUACCUCGCCUCUCCCUGCUCCCUCUCCGUACACUGGUCCCACAGGAGGUCUUACAGAGCGUCGUGAGCCUGAGUCUCGUCCUGCGUCGCCUGUUCGUCCUGCUCGCACUGGUAGUCGUGUCCGUCGUGAGCGUCCUCCUCCUGUCCCAGGCACUCACUACAUGACUCUGCGUCCCUCUACUGCUCCUCAGCGUGUCCCUCUACCGUCUCCUCCUGCGUCUUCUUUGCCUCACGUUCCGGACCCUGAGUCUGACCGGUACCGUGCUGAGCACCCUACUGUCACGCGUCUCCUCGCUACUGUUGUCACUGACCCUACCUUUGAGUCCUCGACUGCGUCUGCUCUGGUCGCUGAGUUGGUUGACUUUGCUGCUGCCUGUCGUCUAGACUACGCUGCUAGCCUUGUUGCUGAGUCUGAGUCUGACUCUGUCUGUCCUCCGUCCGUCGGGGGUGAGUGUGCUCUUGGCACGGACGUCCUUGAGGACAGACAGGAGGAGUUCCAGUGUCUUGCUGCUGCUUUGCCCCGUCUCGUGUCCUUGCUAGUUGCCCCUGAGGGAGACCCGGAUGCACCAGACAUCCCGACCCCGCGCACUUACGCUGAGGCGAUGGCGGGUCCCUACUCCUCUCAGUGGCAGACAGCCAUGGACGCCGAGAUGGCCUCCUGGAAGUCCACACGCACCUACGUCGACGAGGUUCCCCCUCCUGGGGCGAACAUCGUCAGUGGCAUGUGGAUUUUCAGGGUGAAGCGGCCGCCGGGUUCUCCGCCUGUCUUCAAGGCGCGUUACGUGGCUCGAGGCUUCAGUCAGCGAGAGGGAGUUGAUUUCUUCCAGACCUUCUCCCCCACCCCGAAGAUGACUACUCUUCGGGUGCUGCUGCACAUAGCCGCUCACCGCGACUACGAGCUUCACUCACUUGACUUCAGCACUGCUUUCUUGCAGGGCAGCCUGCACGAGGAGAUCUGGCUGCGCUGCCCACCUGGCUUCACUGGGUCGUUUCCUCCUGGUACCCAGUGGAGGCUUCAGCGGCCGGUCUACGGUCUCCGCCAGGCUCCGCGUGAGUGGCACGACACACUGAGGACUACACUUGCGGCUCUUGGGUUCGCGCCUUCUACAGCUGACCCGUCGCUGUUCCUGCGCACCGACACUUCGCUGCCGCCGUUCUACAUCCUCGUGUACGUCGACGACUUGGUCUUUGCCACUGCUGACACUGCAGGACUCGCCUACGUGAAGUCAGAGCUGCAGAGGAGACACACGUGCACAGACCUGGGUGAGCUGACAAGCUAUCUUGGCUUGCGGAUCACCCGGGACAGAGCACGGCGCACCAUCACCCUGACUCAGUCACACAUGGUGCAGCAGGUUCUCCAGCGCUUCGGCUUCACGUACUCCUCGCCUCAGUCCACUCCUCUGCCUACCGGUCACUCGCUCUCAGCUCUGCCUUCGGAUGAGUCCGUAGAGCCGAGUGGCCCGUAUCCAGAGCUUGUGGGCUGCCUCAUGUACCUGAUGACCUGCACUCGACCUGACCUUGCAUACCCUCUUAGCAUCCUUGCACGCUAUGUUGCUCCUGGCCGUCACAGGAAGGAGCACAUGGAUGCCGCUAAGAGGGUGUUGCGCUACUUGUGCAGUACGUCGGGCAUGGGGCUUGUGCUUGGAGGGCGAGACCGAGUUGUUCUCACAGGGCACUCAGACGCUUCUUGGGCAGACGACCAGGCCACUCAGCGGUCGUCUCAGGGUUACACCUUCAGCCUUGGCUCUGGCUCAGUUUCUUGGCGCUCUACACGCUCUUCUUCUGUUCUCGGCUCCAGUUGCGAGGCUGAGAUCUACGCUACAGCCAUGGCUGCCCAGGAGCUACGCUGGCUGACCUACCUGCUGACCGACCUCGGAGAGCCGCCUCGUUCUCCUCCAGUCCUGUACGUCGACAACAAGGCUGCCAUUGCCUUGUGUGAGGAGCACAGACUGGAGCACAGAACGAAGCACAUCGCCCUGCGGUACUUCCUUGCUCGUGAGCUGCAGCAGCGCGGUCAGCUUUGUAUUCGCUACGUGGCCACUGAGGCCAACACUGCUGAUGUGUUCACCAAGGCGCUUCAGCCUCGUGACCAUCAGCGCUUCUGCACUCUACUAGGCCUUGUGCCUACUGGACCUCACUUACUUACCUCUUGA